ACUUUUCCGCAUAACGGUCUGCGAUGUCACAGCGACUUUUCGCAGCCCCUUCCACUGUUCACAGCCCUGAUUGUUUCGUCUCUCACUCUCUCCCUUCCUCGACCGUUGCUGCUGCCCUUUCGUCUUCCGAGCAUCCAUAUUGCCGUUGGUGCCACCGUCCUGGUCCCUUUUUCUCUCUUGAGUCUCACGUUACUCCAGCAGUUCGUGCACAGUGGCUGAGCGCCAUCCGGACCUCGUCCCCGUCCCCGUCCCGUCGUUCUUUUCCAUUCUUCGAGUGUCGUCCGAGGAUUUUUCGGCAUUGGAGUUACAGUUUGUUCAAAGAUGGGCAAAGCCUCAAGGGAUAAGAGGGAUAUAUACUACCGAAAGGCUAAGGAAGAAGGCUGGCGCGCUCGAAGUGCCUUCAAGCUCCUACAGAUUGAUGAGGAAUUCAACAUUUUUGAAGGAGUGAAACGGGUGGUAGAUCUAUGUGCGGCGCCAGGUAGCUGGAGUCAGGUGUUGAGUCGUAAAUUGUAUCUCCCAGCAAAGUUUUCACCUGAUUCGAAGGAUAGCGACCUUCCUCUUAUUGUGGCUAUUGAUUUGCAACCCAUGGCUCCAAUUGAAGGUGUUAUUCAAGUGCAGGGGGAUAUAACAAAUGCUCGAACAGCUGAACUGGUCAUUAGACAUUUUGAUGGAUGCAAGGCUGACCUGGUUGUGUGUGAUGGUGCUCCUGAUGUUACAGGACUUCAUGACAUGGAUGAAUUUGUCCAGUCCCAACUCAUACUAGCAGGUCUAACAAUUGUUACUCAUGUACUUAAAAAAGGUGGGAAAUUCAUUGCAAAAAUAUUUCGAGGAAAAGAUACAAGUCUCCUUUACUGCCAGCUAAAAUUAUUUUUCCCAAUAGUGACCUUUGCAAAACCAAAAAGCAGCCGCAAUUCAAGCAUUGAGGCAUUUGCUGUUUGUGAGGAUUAUUCCCCACCAGAAGGAUUUAAUGAGAAAGAUUUGCAUUGCCUCCUCGAGAAGGUGGGGAGUCCCUCAGGUGGAGAAGAUCUUGAUUGCAGCAGCGGAUGGUUGGAAGGGCCAAAUAAGGUGUACAUUCCAUUCCUGGCUUGUGGGGACCUAGGUGGGUAUGACUCUGAUCGUUCUUAUCCACUUCCUAAGGUUGCAGAAGGAACCUAUCAGAGCUUAGACCCUGUGCAGCCCCCAAUUGCUCCCCCUUACAAGAGGGCUCUAGAACUGAAGAAGGCUGCAAGUCAAGGAAUUCGAGAGCUCGAAAAGCUUGCCCUUGAUUCUUAAUCUUUACUGUGCAGUACUGAAUUUUCUUCACAGUUGACCCUCUCCAGAUCUGAAGAUAGCGACCUUUUUUCCAAGAAAAAAGAACAGAAAAGAAAAGAAAGGCAAAGCUGCUAAAUUUUAUGUAAUUAAUUGUUAUGUUGAAGAUGCUUGCAAAUUUGUAGUGGACUUUUUUAAGUAUCCUGAAAUGCAAGGAGCUAGUUUGUGCUUGACAGCUUGAGUGACUUCCCACUGGCAUUUGUAGGUUUUGAUCUUGUCAAAGAUUUUAUAAUGAAACGAUUGUUGAAGCA